AUGACUACGGCCUCAGCGCCUGCAGCUUCCAUUGAACCUGGCGAUCCAUUUAUUCGACACACAAAGAAUAAGAUCGCCUCGUUAUCAAAUAAAAACAAAGAGAUGCUUGACGAUUUGAGUAAAUUAUCGCAAAAUACAUCACAAGCAUUAACCGCUAUAAAUAUGAUACCACCACAUCUAAAUAAUUCCGAGAAAGAUAUUGAUAAGUUGUUCGACGGAUUAAAAUUUAAAUCACGAAGAAAUAGUUUCCAGCAAUCAUCAUCUAUUCCGCGAAUUGAUUUAUCAUCGAAUAAUAGCUCACUAUAUGUCUUAGGAGUUGAUGAUGAAUUAAGGAAUGGAACAGAAACAAUUUUAGAAGAGGAGGAAGAACAAGAAACAAUAUCAACAGGAAGAAAUUCUUUAAAACCCGAUACAAUUCGGUAUAAAGGAUCAAAAUCGGACUUUAAUUACAAUUCGGGUGAAUUAGAUUGGAAAUAUCUAUCAGCAGAAACUAAUCAUUCAGAUUCAGAGAAUGCUAAUAACGAGAAUUUGAAUAAUGACGACAAUAAUAUUGGGGUUAAUAAUGUUGAAGAAAGAGAUUCAAUUGGCCGAUUUUGCAAUAGUAAAGUUCAUCCUCAUUUAACAAUAAAUACAAAACCAGUCCAAGAAGCAAAUCGACGAUUAAUUACUCCAGAAUCAUCUGAUUCCGAAUUUGACCUAUCGAGCGCACACAUUGCAUUAUCACCGGAAAUAUUUCAUAAUAAAAAUUCUGGACGUAUUCGACCGAGGUCAAUGUCUGAAUCUAGAGCUACAGUAGGCAACAUUCGACGAGAUCGUUCAUCAACUAUGGCAUUUUCUUCACUUGAUGAGGUUGAUGAAGAAGACAACUCUGCAUUAUCACCAGAAAUUUUGGAUUCAUCUUCGAAGACUCUUAAUCGAUAUAAUGAGAAUGAAAAACGUCCGUUGAUCAAACCUUUAGUAUUAACAAAUGGACGAAAUCGAAACUCUGCACAAAGAUUUCUGGAUGAUUAUAAUUUAGGCGAAAAUUAUAGAUCAAAUAAAUUUCAUCGUCGAGCAAUCGAUGAUUCAUUAUGUCCAUCUGGAGAUAUUGCUGAUGAUAAUAGCAGCAUUCGUUCCGAAAAUUCUUUACUUGAAGAAUUGGGUGCAUUAAAGAACAGAGUAAAGAAAUUAGAAGCAGAACAUGCAGAACAACGCGCAAGUGUGAUUAUAGAUGAUGGUGAUCGACGUAGAGAUCGGCAAUCAAAUACGGAAAUGCUUGUAUCACCUGGUGUGAGUUCACAAGGUGUCCCAAGUCCAACAACUACUAAUUCAUCAAGAAAUUCUUUUAUUCCUUCAGUACAACACCAAAAACAUCUUCAAAAUGCUUUUGACUUUUUCGAAAAAUCUUUCAACACAAUACCAAAUCAACCAAAUGACGAUGAUUCAUCACCUUCGCCUUCUCAUUCAAUGGCAAUGGUUGUAUCAGCUGCACAACAACUAAAUCAUAAGUUACGUAGUCUUUCAUCGCAAAACGAAAUGAAUAAUGGACAAUUCACUGAAAGAACAAUAAAAGAAUUAUUAAAAACUAGUGAUGAACAAAUUCGUAGUUUAACGGAAUGUUUAUUAGCAUUGCCAACAUUAAUACCGAAACCAUCACCACAUCCGUCUUCACAUCCAUUCUCAUCAACAACACAAACGAGAAAACCUGUAUAUGAACAUAAUCAGUACAGUUCACUGCAUAAACAAAAUCUGAAUGAUACUGUAUCUCAUCUCGGAAUACAAACAAAUAAUAACGUGCGAAAUGGAAGAUCAAUUUCCCCUAAUAAUAAUCAAAGAUCUGGACAAUUAACCCAUGAUUCAAAUAUAAAUAUGGAACAUUCAAUACAAAGAACUUCAAAUGAUCAAUCAUCACCACCAAAUUCUUAUUACGGUAUUGCACACAAUUCACGUCAAACUAAUAAAAAUUCACAGCCGCCAUCCCCAAGAUUAGGACCAGAUUCUUUGCAAAUAUCAGCUACCUCGCGAACACAAGAUUACCGAGAAAGACGACGACGUUUUUCUGGUGGAUCUCAUGGUUCACAUGGAUCUUUUUCUGGUACGCUUCCAUCAUCUUCACCUUCGCCGCCACCACAAGCAACUCCAUCUUCUCAAAUCUCACAUCACAAUGAUCAACAACAUCAAGCACCUUCAAAUUCAAAAUCUUUUAUUGAUCGAGAGCGAAGAUUCGCUCAUCGUUACAGUCUUUCUUCAUCAAGUACUGCGAGUAAUGGCUAUAACAAUCAUAGUAACAGUAAUAGUACCGUUUCUUCUCCAACCACCACCACUAUUCCAACUAGGAUAGGGACAAGGUUUUCUUCUUCUACAAUAGCUCGUAAUAAUGAAGAUUCAUCCUCUCACCCGCUUCCACGUCCAUAUACAACACGUACUUUCUCUGAGGAUUCUCAUAGUGGAAUAUCCGGGAGAACACAGACACAAAUACGAAAUUAUGAUCAUACUCGUCGAUACCAAUUUGAUGGAGCUCAUGGUCCAUCAGAGAGAAGUUUUGAGAGAAGAACGCUUAAUCAUAGUAAUAAUAGUAAUAGCAGUGGAGUUGAAAAUGAUUAUAGCCAUUCACAUUUUGAAACAUCUGCUAGCCAAGAUCUCAAACGAACCGCUUCACAUAGCAAGCGAAGGGACACAUCACCGGAGAAUGAAGCAAAAUUUGAAGCUGAGAAUGGUGGUGAGGAUGUGGUAGUAGAAAAUGGUAUUACUACAAAUACAGCCGAAAAUAAUAAUAAUGGUUAUUCAUAG